CCGAGCCCCGCGCGCCCCGGGGACCCCCCCCUCCCGCACCCGCUCCCGGCCGCCCGGGCGCCCCGCCGUCCCGGGCGCAGGAACACGGCUGGCCGGGACCCAGGAGACAGACCCCGGAGCCCGAGAGCUUUGUCCCGGACUGCAGACCCGGGGGAAGCCUGUUGAUGGCUUUUCCGCCGCCGUCGUCAAAGCCCUGGUGAACCGCGGGGAAGCGCUGGGUCGUGAUUCGGAUGCAGCUGAGGAAAAUGCAGACCAUCAAGAAGGAGCAGGCGUCCCUGGACGCGGGCAGCGGCGGGGACAAGAUGCCGGUGCUCGGGCCCGGCCUGGCCGACGUCCCCGAGGACCUGGCGGCCGGCGAGGAGCUGCUGCUGGGCGAAGGCAGCGUGGGGAAGAGCAAGUCGGCGGCGUGCCGCCGGAAGCGCGAGUUCAUCCCCGACGACAAGAAGGACGCCAUGUACUGGGAAAAGAGGCGGAAAAACAACGAGGCGGCCAAGCGGUCCCGGGAGAAGCGGCGGCUCAACGACCUGGUCCUGGAGAACAAGCUGAUCGCGCUGGGGGAGGAGAACGCCACUCUGAAAGCCGAGCUGCUCUCCCUCAAGUUGAAGUUCGGGCUCAUCAGCUCGGCGGCCUACGCGCAGGAGAUCCAGAAACUCAGCCAUUCCACAGCCGUGUACUUUCAAGACUACCAGGCGUCCAAGUCCAGCGCCGGCCCCUUCGCGGACGAGCAUGAGCCCUCGAUGGUGACGAGCGGCUGCAUUUCGGUCAUCAAGCACUCCCCGCAGGCCUCCCUGUCCGACGUCCGCGAGGGGUCCCCGCUGGAACAUUCACAGGACGGGGCCGCGCGGGGCGGCUGCCGCAGCCCCGACGGCAAGUUCCAGGCCAUCAAGCAAGAGCCGGUGGAGCUGGAGAGCUACGCCAGGGAGGCUGGCUCCGUGUACCAGAGCCUCGUGGGGGCCGCCUUCCCCGGCUACUCCCACUCCCCACCCCUGCUGCAGGCCGCUCGGUCCUCCAGCAACUCCCCCAGGACCUCGGAGGCCGACGACGGCGCCGUGGGGAAGUCCUCGGACGGGGAAGAUGAGCAGCAGGUCCCCAAGGGCCCCAUCCACUCUCCCGUGGAGCUCCAGCGCGUGCACGCCACCGUGGUGAAAGUUCCAGAAGUGAACUCCUCGGCCCUGCCGCACAAGCUUCGCAUCAAAGCCAAAGCCAUGCAGAUCAAAGUCGAGGCGUUCGAUCAUGAGUUUGAGGCCACGCAAAAGCCGUCCUCGCCCGUGGACGUGACGCCCAAGAGGCAUUUUGAACUGGCGAAGCACAGCGCCCCGAGCGUGGUGCGCCCUUCCCUCCCCCCCUUCUCAGUGCAGGUGACGAACAUCCAGGAUUGGUCCCUCAAAUCGGAACACUGGCAUCAAAAAGAGCCGAAUGGCAAAACUCAGAAUGGCUUCAGAACGGGAGUCGUAGACCUGAAGGGCGGUGCCUACCAAGUGUCUGACCCCGAGAAUUUGUUUCUGAAGCAGGGGAUGAUAGCAAACUUGUCGGCAGAGGUGGUGUCACUGAACAGACUCCUAGCCACACACCAGCUCUCCGCCUCCGACUCCGGGUAAACUGCUACUGAAAAAGCUCUGGGUGUUUGGAGAGCUGUCGUUUGCAAUAGAGGAGUACGUUUUGUAGUAGGCGGGAUUUUCACUGGACCCGUGAUGUCAUUCCACUGUCUAUGUUCACAUGCUGUCUGCUGGGUAUCUUUCUGUGCACAGGUUACCAUGGAGAUUAGAUUGUGUUAUCACUCUGCCUUGUGUAUAGUCAAAUAGUCUGUUGCAAAGGCUGUACAUAUUGAACAUUAUUUUUGUUGUUCGAUUAUAAAGUGUGUCAGUUACCAGUUUCAAUAAAGGAUUGGUGACAGAGACAGAGCUGCCGCCGCCUUGCACUCGA